AUGAGCUCGCAAUCGAGCAUCACAGUUCCCGCAGGGCAGUCUCCUCCAUUCGCAGUGGUAACGCCCGACGACCACGAAGCAUAUAUAUUGAUCUCGACGGCAUUUGGGUUGGCCUGUAUACUGUUCUUCGCGGGCAUUAGAACCGUGGUUCGUACCACCAUUAGCCAUGGCAUCGGGCUAGACGACUAUUUGUUCUAUGCGGGCAGUCUGUUAGCCAUCAUCCAGUCGUCCAUCGUCCUGGGAGCAUGCUCGAAAGGCCUGGGGAAGGCACUGCAUCUGGUAUCCCUGGAGAGGCAGCAUGAGAUCCAGAAGAUGACCUACGCCGGCAAUCUCUUUUUCAUCAUCAUUAUCGGUCUCUCCAAGAUCUCCAUCGUGUCCUUCCUGCACCGCAUCUCGCGCAUGAAGCAGCACAGGCUGGUCUUCAACAUAGCCAUGGGAAUUCUGGGCCUCUGGACAGUGGGAUCCUUUCUGGCCAUAGCAUUCCAGUGCGAUCUUUCACAUGCGUGGUUGACCGUCAAUCAAAAGUGUCCUGGAGUGUUUCGACGUUGGCAAGUCAUUGGGGUGCUCGAUAUCGUGACCGAGGUUGGGAUUAUCUGCUUGGUCGCCUACCUAGUGCACGACCUGCAGACAUCAGUAUCGAGCAAAAUGACGGUUCUGUCAAUUUUCGGUAUCCGCCUGUUUCUGAUUAUCUUCAUUGCGUUCCGACUGCACACCUUCAGUCAAAGUGGCUAUACAACGAAUCCCUUGCUGCGCGAAGCUACCUUUGCUGCAUGGACACAAAGCGAGCUGUCUUACUCGCUGGUUUCGGCCACUAUGCCCAUUUUCCACAAUUUUCUGAAGAGCUUGAGCACCGGGUUCGGUGGUAUGCAUGCCACAAGCCACGGAUAUGGUUAUGGCAGUGGCACGGGCAGCCGCGCACAUGGACAAGACUCCAAGGGGUUUCAAUUGUCCAUGCUGAGAUCCAAGAACAAGAGUGCUGCGAUGCCGUCGAUGAACGACGACCGGGACGAGUUCUACGGCCAGGCCAAAGCCAUGACGGCGGAACAGCUUGGCGGUGCACCUGCAGCCUCAACCACGGUGCAGUGGUCCGGCGGUGUUCGGGGAUCGAAUGGAGAAACGACAAGUAUCAACAGCGACGAAAGCCAACGAUACAUGAUCAGGAAGGAUGUUCAAUGGGAAGUGAGAACUGAACUCAGGGAAUGA